GCUUUAGCUUUUGUAUCCGUUGAUGAAAGUUGAAACUUCACACUUUUCCCAAUAUUCUCGCUUCUUUUCUUUUUCUUCUUUUCUUCUUUCGUUCAUAUCAUUUUUUUCAAUUCUGAAGCAACCACUUCACUGCAUCACAGUUUCCACAACAGCAACAACCAAACGCUGUCAACACUACAUUCUCUCGUUUUCACUCCAUUCCAUUCUCGCUCCAAAUAAAUAUCAGCAAUGGCGGCAUCCGCCACCGCCUCCGGCGGUGUGUUGACGGAUCUAACUCACCGAACCCCCUUUCUCGGUCUCAAACUCUACGCCCUGAUCCUCAUUCUAGUUAUAAUGGUGGUGGCAGCAGUGCUCCUGAUCCUCCUCUGCUUCCGCCGGAGCUCGAAGAAGCGGAAAAUGCGAGUGAAGCACAGCUCCGGCGCGAUCCCGCUGGUAUCGAAGGAGAUCCUGGAAGUGAAUACUCUGGAACUGAAAAUCGAAGAGGCGGAUGAGGAGGAUCCGAAGAAGGAGGAGAUGAAGCUUGAAGAUAGUCCGUCGGUGGAGUCACCGAACAUAGGGUGGGGACGCUGGUAUAGCCUCAGUGAGCUUGAGGCUGCGACGCAAGGGUUCGCCGAAGGGAAUGUGAUCGGAGAAGGAGGGUAUGGGAUUGUGUAUAGAGGAAAUUUGCUCGACGGUUCUGUCGUCGCGGUCAAAAAUCUUCUCAACAACAAGGGGCAGGCAGAGAAAGAGUUUAAGGUGGAGGUUGAAGCCAUUGGAAAAGUGAGGCACAAGAAUUUGGUGGGGUUAGUUGGAUAUUGUGCAGAAGGUGCUCAAAGGAUGCUUGUUUAUGAAUAUGUUGACAAUGGAACAUUGGAACAGUGGCUGCAUGGUGACGUAGGACCUGUUAGCCCCUUGACAUGGGAUAUACGAAUGAAGAUUGCUGUUGGGACUGCGAAAGGGCUAGCCUACUUGCACGAAGGAUUAGAACCCAAAGUUGUCCAUCGAGAUGUAAAAUCCAGUAACAUUCUUUUGGACAAAAAGUGGAAUGCUAAAGUAUCAGACUUUGGACUGGCCAAGCUCUUAGGGCCUGAGAAAAGCUACGUGACAACGCGUGUAAUGGGGACAUUUGGAUAUGUGUCACCUGAGUAUGCAAGCACGGGUAUGCUUAAUGAAGGCAGCGAUGUGUAUAGUUUUGGGAUUCUACUUAUGGAGCUAAUUACAGGGAGGAGUCCGAUCGAUUAUUCUAGACCACCUGGAGAGAUGAACUUGGUUGAUUGGUUUAAAGGAAUGGUUGCAAAUCGUCUUGGUGAAGAACUAGUUGAUCCUUUAAUAGAUAUUCAACCCUCUCAAAGAUCUUUGAAACGAGCUUUACUUGUUUGUCUGCGCUGUAUAGAUUUGGAUGUCAGUAAGCGACCAAAGAUGGGCCAAAUUGUUCACAUGCUUGAGGCUGACGAUUUUCCCUUUCGUUCUGAACAUCGAACAAACAGAGAGAAAGAUCCUGUUUAUUCUAAAGCAGCUGGUUCCAGCAAGAUUCCAUAUCCAACAAGGCAUGUAGAACCAGUAGAUAAAUCAAACUGGAGAUGAUAUGACAAAUCGUUAGAUAAAAAUAUUUUUUCCAGCGAUUUUCAAUAUGUUGUGAUCAAGUCAGAAGCCAUUGUGCAUAUAGUGUAGUUUCAUAUCUGUAGGAGAGGUCUUAGCAUAUUCUGCUGUAUGGCAUUAUCUUGUG